AGAUACCUAGUUGCUUAAGAACAACUGUCACAAAAUUUAUAAGUUGCAAAACUAAAAUAUUGGCAACAAAACUACAAAAUGUCAUUCAUUCUGUUGCAGUUUGUGAUGGCAUUCAGAAUAAGUUUUGUAUUUUUUCAAAUAUGGAUGUUUCAUUCAACUUUUUCUAUAGUCAGAAUCAUCGCCAAGAUGGGUUAAAUUUGGUGAACUGAUCGAUGUGGUGUUCAUUGGACGAGAUGUCGUGGCGGCAGCCUGCGGUGUCCAUGUCGCUUUUUAUAAUGUUGUUACUAAACAGGAGUCCUGCUACAGGGCUAACAGCUACGCCACUGGCGACGGCGUCCAGGCACUGGCUGGUCAUCGAUACAUUAACAUGUUCGCCAUAGCUGAAAAGUGCUCAGAUCCUCGAAUACUGGUUAUGAGAUAUCCAGACUUUGUGAGAGUCGGUGAGAUGCCAUGUACCGGUACGACGGAUAAGUAUUUAUCCCUGGUCUUCACCGAGUCUGAUUAUCUGGUGAGCUUGACCGGUCUUCCCAAUUAUGAAAUUCAAUUGUGGUGCUGGAGAACCAACGAGCAACUGUUGAGCAUCCCAUCGGGAAUGGAUGGGCCUAAGCAAAUUUUAAAAUGCUCUCCGGCUCAACCGAUUCAUGUUGUUCAACUUGCAGAGCAGUCUAGUCAACUGAUUGUUUGGGAAGUCAGUAUUGGUGCAGGAAAGGGUUACAUACAGAGACAGCCUGUUCAGCUAGUCGAGUCAGGGCCCCCCUACACAAAUAAAUAUCCUAAACUGAAUCCAGUGUUCUCAUAUGAUGCCACACUUUAUUUGGUAAACACAGAAGGAGAUAUACUCAAGGUUUUGCUGGAAAGUCGCAAAUUGGAGUCAGUAAUAGAGUGGCCCGGCUUCAUUGGAGAUAACGCAACUUGUGCUUGCUGGUAUAAAAAUGGAAUUCUGGUGUCUGGACCGAAUGGAGAACUCAGAUUUUUUUCAAACGAGCAGAUGCCGCCGAAUGCAAUCAUCAGCUCCGAACGCGUUUUACAAUCGGGCAAUGGGAACGAAUGGCGAACCGUUUGGAAGUCGAGUGGGCCCCCAGACUGCUCGAUUCGGCAACUGGACUGCGCCAUCGGCAGGGAUACGCUGCUAUGCUGGACAUCGAAUGGGGGCUGUUUUGAAUUUACGAUUCAAUUCGAUUCCGAAGAACCCACGGAAUUUCAUAAAAUUGCACAGUUUAACAUGCAAGUGGGAAAACAUAAUUUAAAUAAUUAG